UACGAUCCUUCCUAUUAUAGCUAUGUGUGUGUGUUUUUUUUAAAACAGCAUAUGUAUUUAUGAAGUUCAGCAGCCGUAUGAGAAAUUAGCCUCUGUAUUCACCGGGGUCCUCCCACCCCUCUGUCUAGUUCUCUAAUCCGCCCACAUGUAUCGUCUGAGGAAAAAAAAAUAGUGCAGAAGGUGACGCUCUUCCAACGGAAAAGAGACAGGCACAGAGAGGGAAAGGCAAAGAGAGAGGUGUCUACAGGCUGCAUCUCCACUGAAACAUUUUGGAAAAAGGGGGGAGACAGAAGAAGAGCUGAAUGGUAGCUACCACCCUGCGCCUGGAAGCGUAGAGACACUGUAACAAAGACUGGCAAUUAUUUUUGGCAAUAACAAAGAGGUGGGAGAAAAGGGGUGCUCUAAAAUCGAGGGAAACUAGCAAAAAAAAAAAAAAAAAAAAAAAAAAAAAAGAGAGAGAGAGAGAGAGAGGAGGGAGAGAGAGAGAGAGCGAGAGAGGGAGGAGAAAAACAGUUUUCAGGGGGACCUCUGCUUCAUUUCAUCCGAAAGACUCAUCCCUUGCCAUCAUCAGCAUGACCAUAAGCUAUAAGUAACAUUCGGCAAUAACGGUGUCAAAACGAGAUUUUCAGCAACAGACGCGCGCUGUCCUAUUUUGAUUUACUAUUCUAAAAACAAAAGAUCAACUGAAUGCCUGCGAGAAACUGGAUAUACUCUCUGAAAUCAUAAGAAAGAGCGAUCUAAGAAAGAAAACUACAUUUUGAUUGAUCUUUUAAGCUCGAUGUGCGUGUUUCAGCACGCACUCGAAACGAACCUGAACCAAAAGCAAACUCCUCAGACUCCUCCCUCCUCCUCCUCCUCCCUUCGGUCUCUCUCAUCCUCUCCUCCCCCCCGGUCCUCUAUGCUCAGUUCGGUGUGUGUAUCCUCUUUCAAAGGGCGCAAGGGUGGGAACAAGUCGUCCAACAAAGCAUGUUACAGCGCAGACAUGACUUGUCCGUCGGAAAGCGAGAAAAUCGUGAUAAACUGCGGGGGGGUGCGGCAUGAGACCUACCGGAGCACCCUAAAAACGUUGCCCGGUACCCGCUUGUCGUGGCUCACCGAACCGGACGCGUUCAGCAACUUCGACUACGAUCCCAAAUUAGACGAGUUCUUCUUCGACCGCCACCCGUCGGUGUUUUCCUUCAUCCUCAACUAUUACCGCACCGGGAAGUUGCACUGUCCCAACGAUGUGUGCGGUCCGCUGUUCGAAGAGGAGCUGGCCUUUUGGGGCAUCGAUGAGACGGACGUGGAGGCGUGUUGCUGGAUGAAUUACCGGCAGCAUCGGGAUGCGGAGGAGGCGCUGGACAGCUUCGAGACUCCAGAACCGGACGCGCCGGACGACGAUCCGGCACUGGGCGGCGCGGACGGGGACUUGAAAAGACUGUGCAUGCAGGAGGACGCGAGGAAAGCGGGCUGGUGGAAAACCUGGCAGCCCAAAAUAUGGGCACUGUUUGAAGACCCUUAUUCUUCCAAAUAUGCCCGGUAUGUGGCAUUUGGCUCCCUAUUCUUCAUCCUCAUCUCCAUCUCCACUUUCUGCAUGGAGACGCAUGAGGCCUUCAACACCAUCAUCAACAAGACAGAGAACGUCACAGUGGGCAACAUGACCCGUGAGGAGAUUGUAUACGAGGUGGUGACCGACAGCUGGUUGACAUACGUGGAGGGUGUGUGUGUCAUCUGGUUCACCAUCGAGGUCCUGCUGCGUGUCACCUUCUGCCCAGAUAAGUUGGAAUUCUUCAAAAGCACCCUCAACAUCAUCGACUUUGUCGCCAUCCUGCCCUUCUAUCUGGAGGUCGGCCUGAGUGGUCUGUCCUCCAAAGCUGCCAAGGAUGUCCUGGGGUUCCUCCGUGUUGUCCGAUUUGUCCGUAUCCUCCGAAUUUUCAAGCUCACCCGCCACUUUGUUGGUCUCCGUGUCCUCGGCCACACCCUUCGUGCCAGCACCAACGAAUUCCUCCUGCUUAUCAUCUUCUUAGCCCUUGGUGUCCUCAUCUUCGCCACCAUGAUCUACUAUGCUGAACGAAUUGGCGCAGACCCGGAUGACCCAACAGCCAGUGCCCACACCAACUUCAAGAACAUCCCCAUUGGAUUUUGGUGGGCUGUCGUGACCAUGACCACGCUGGGCUAUGGAGAUAUGUAUCCGGAGACGUGGUCAGGGAUGCUGGUGGGUGCACUCUGUGCCUUGGCUGGUGUGCUGACCAUUGCUAUGCCUGUACCUGUCAUUGUCAACAACUUCGGCAUGUACUACUCUCUGGCCAUGGCCAAACAAAAGCUGCCCAAAAAGAAGAACAAACAUAUCCCUCGAGCACCUCAACCAGGGUCCCCCAACUACUGCAAGCCAGAUGCCCUAGCAAUGGCUACUGCAUCACCGCAGAGGAUCUUGGGAAAUGUCCUAGGUGGAGUGAUGGGGUCUGGGGGCAUAGGGGGUGACUGUCCUCUCGCCCAAGAAGAAAUUAUAGAGAUUAACAGAGAUUCCAAGCAGAACGGUGAUGCAGCCUCGGCCGCCCUAGCUAACGAGGACUGCCCCACCAUCGACCAGGUGCUGAGCCCAGACGAGAGGAGCCCCAUUGGGCGUGGGCCUACCCGGGAACGCUACCAGCAGGACCGCGCCUGCUUCCUGCUCAACACCAGGGAAUUCCGUGCCACAGAUGGGAAUGUGCGGAAAGGUUGUGUCAUAUCACGCGUGUCCACAGGCUACGAGAAAUCUCGCAGUCUCAAUAACAUAUCGGGAAUGGCUGGGUCAUCACUGCGGCUUGCUCCUAUCACUAGCCCACCCUUUGAAACCUACGAGGCCCCAGGACCACUGCGCCGCUGUCGUUCUCCCAUCCCCUCCAUUUUGUAGCAGAAAGGAUGGUUAUGAUUGGUUGAUAAGAGAUGCAGUGGAUUAGCUAUGGACUGAUCGCACUGAAGCCUCCAUUUGGAUUGUACACCGUGCAAAAACAAUAGCAAUAACAUAAAAUGAACUUGAAUGUAGAAAGAGUGACCUCUCGUCUUGUGAAUCCAAUGGUUUAUGAUGCAUGUGUCAGGUUAGCUGAUGGGGUCAAGAAGAAUUUUAGUUUUGAAGAUACACCAUUACUUUAAAUUAUUAGAGGAAAUAUUAAAAAAAAUAUAUUUGAAUUGGUUAGUAAAUAAAAUAGCAUCAGAGGUUAAAAAACAUUAUUAAAAUGUGCACAGUUACAUUUUAAGUGUGUAGAUUGACAUUCAUUUUUGUGUGUUCUGGACCAAACAAAAAGCUCACGACACUGUCCAGAGGAAAUGACCAUGAAAUAAGAUACUUCAGUUCAUUUAGCCAAAGACCAAAAUACAUUUAUGGAUUAGAUUGAUGUUGCAUAGGUUUCUAUUUUAUGUCUUUUGUGAAUAUUAAUGUAUGUACAGUGUAGAUAUCAUUUUGGUAAUUUUCUCUUUAAAAAAAAAAAAACAGACUCUGCCUCUGUAAUUCUCUCUAUUAACACUUAUUGUGAAAUCAUUGGACACAAUUUCAAAAGUUAAAAAACGAAACGAAACAAAAAGAACAACCUUAGAUUAAAUUAAAAAAAGAAGAUAGUAUUGUAUCAUAAGAGCCAUCUCAAAUGUGCAGCCUAACAUGACUUUUGAAAAUUGUUGUUUGUUUUAUUACAUUGCUGUUAAGAUCCCAUAUAUGCAAUUGUUCCCUUACACUGUACAGUUAAAGGUCUAUUCAGUCAUUUUAUUUGCAGUUGUAAGUAAAAUUGAAUUCAUGUAGGCUGCCAGAUUUGCAAACAAUGUACCAUGAGUUUAGUUGUUGACAAGGGAAUAGGUUUAUUUUUAACAAGAGGGGCAGAAUUAGGUUGUGGAGGUACCACUGCAGUGUGCAAGACGAGCUUCAUGUAAUCAGUGGAGAAAGCCAAGCUAACGCCAGCUUGUUAAUUAUACUGGCCUUAGCUAACCGCUCACACCAAUAGCUGUGGGUUUGAUAAAAUGUUAUUCUCAAUGCCCAGGAACCAAAGCAUUCAAAGCAUUUACAGUUGACUAAUGAACAGUGAGCUGAUUUACACCACCCGUGCUUACUUUCAUGUUUGUUUACAUGCUGUAGUUUUCUGACAAGGUAACUUGCUAAUAUGCAGGACUGCUGUUAGUAGCACCAAAUGACCUGAUGUCAUACAAUGUUGGAGCUUCACAUUAGCACAUAUACCUUAGUAACCCAGUUGGUCCAUAAAGGCAGAUGGUCAGUAAAGUACCAGACUUACUCUGGGUAAGACUGACUGGCUAUAUGCUAGAUGUGUUUUGUUUCCCAAACAGGAGCACAAUUUAGCUAUCAUAUCUUCUGUUCACAUUACUACUUGAUGAUAGUAAAUGACUGAGUGGACCUUUGCAGAAAUGCUAAUGAUGACAGUCAUGUAAAUGAAAUAUGUACUUGCAGGCCUACAAUUUUGCAAAGAAAUCUAAAUGCAAUGUAUUUAGAAAGCUACUUAAAAGUUACAAUGGUAAACGAAAUACAACCUAUAAAGUCAAAUAUAGAUGACUACAUAAAUUAAAUAUAUAGUUAAAACAAAGCACUUAACUAACAAAGUAAAUUUACUAACCUUUAAUUCUUGCAUGUUGGCAAAAGUCACAAAGCUUAUUACAAAGAAAUAAAUAAACUGAACGUGAGACCACCCCAUUAAACACGGGUCAAACAAAGAAUGAUCAGCUUUUCUAAAUAUCUGCUUUGCUUCUUCUUCACUUUUUGUGUUUUUUUAAAGUACAUUUUUUUCCAUGGGGUUUUUUUUUGUGUGUGUGCUUGGUUUAAAUGUUGAUCUACAAUUUAAACAAUAUACAAAUUAAAAUGACUAAUUGCAGGCUGUUGGUUAAUCUAUGAAAAAAAUAUGACAAUGGUUACAAUAUGACUUUUCCAUUAAUAAUAUAUCAUAAAUAAUCUCAAAUUAUAGCUUUUAUUUUUGUAACUGAGGACCUUCCUCAAAUUGCCAACCUUGCAUGACAAUAGAUCUUAUGUCAAAAGUUGAGCAAAAAAGAUUGAAAAAAUAAUGACACAUUCACAUAUGCAAUAAACAUGCAAUAUUACUUUAAUGCUGGAAAACAUGCUGUGCACAUACAUAUGUAAAUAUGCAGAUCUAUUUUUAAUCCUACAAAUGCACAGACUUAGAAGGCAGUCUACUUGUUUUCUUUAAUUUAGCUAGUAUUGCAAUGACAUGAGCCAUUUGUCUUGUUUUAUUUCAAGUCAGUGUGGUUUUACUGGUCUUUUUGACUUUUUAAUGUUGUGACUGCCAUUUUUAAUUGUUUCAGUUUUGUAAUUAUUUUAUAUUUUCUUCACUUGUACUGGUAAUGUGUAUUUCAUUGUAAGGAAUGACUUUCCUAUACCACUGAUUGUUUAAAGUAACAUUUGUUAGAAAAAAGAUACAAGUUUUUAUUUAACUGUUAAGUUUGUUAAACAGAAAUAUAGUAAGACUGAAAUCAUGAUGAAAAACUGUAAGUGCUUUAGAACCAACAAUUUUUGCAGGUAUAAAGUGAGAGUAUUUCCAUGAUCACCAUUCUAUGUAAAAAUCAAUGUGCUUCCAGACCCCUAAACUUUGAGAACUUAGAUAUGCAGUAUUAUGAUUGAAGAUGAAAGUUAUGACAUCACUUGAAUGUUUUCUUGAAUCUGGAGUUUGAAAAGUUUGUAAAAGUCAGUGUCUCAUUUAGGAUAGAUCCUACCAUACAGUCACUGCAAGAAGUAAUGCUUGCCUGGCUUCAUCUGAUACGGGUUUUUGAAGGUCAUCGCACAUAUUUUCAGACUGAAGUUACUAAUAGUUGUGCUUAUCUGCAGUAUUGUUAUAUUUCACUAUUAUGAUGUCAAAAAAUGACUAUAAUUUAGUGUUGUCUGAAAAUAUCUGAAACAGCAUGCAGAACUUUGUUUCUCCAGUGACAGCAGCUCCUUAAUGUGUAAUGUUGACCUGAACUUGUACAGUUAAAAGGUAGGGAAACUCUGGGAUAGUGCAUUUUUAAAUGGUUUAACUUGCAGGAAAAAAAAAAAAACCUUUUGUGAGCAUGUAAUGAGUACAGAUUGAUUGGCCUGGGUUCAGUCCUCAAAGCUAAUCUUAGUCCACAACAAACCUGAAUUUUGGUUUGUAAUUUUUGCUAGCAUCACUUCUCUCGGUGCACAAAAAAACCCAUUAAACCUUGUAAAGCGCACAUGCAUACUGUAUAAUCUUAGACUGACUCCACAAUGUGGAUGUUACAAGUCGCAGAUACUCUGAAUUAUUCUGUUAUGCCACUUUAUUUGGAGUGUGCAUUUUCUGUUACAGUCAGGGAAAACGUCCAUCCAUCGUAUAUAUCUGCAGUGGAAUGUUUUUCUUUAAUGCUACAGUUGACUGGCAGUGAGUGAGAGAAGUAACAUCAUUGUGCACACCACCACUUUAAUCUGAACAUGUAUGAUUAUACCAGUACUGUAUUUCUUCCUAUUUGCUUUGUAUUGUAUGCAAAUGGAUCUGAGGAAUGUCAUUACUGUGGUUCUGCUGAAUUUAAAGAGUCAUAUCCCAUAGUUGUGGCCAAUGCAAAUCACCUAGGAGAUUCUGAAGUAAACAUUGUGUAAGGAAACAAAACAGGCAGAUGUUGUAAGUGCCUCUAUGAGGCCCCUGUAGGCUCUGAUGUCAGUUUAGGAGUUCAUGCAAACUAGCUAGAUUUAACUAGCUAAACCUUCAAAGCAAUGCUUAAUAGAUCAGUGAUUAUUAUUGAAUAUGUACAUAUCUGUAUCUACACAUGUGAAUACAUUAAAGUCAUAUGAAA